UACCUUAGGUACCUAGCAUUAGGUAUGCACCUCACCACAUAACGGAACACCUAUUGGUCCCAAGACAGGUGUAACUUUCACAACUUAUAGCGGGGAUCUUAUAAUACAUAGUACUCGGUUGCAAUAGUUUUGGAGAGUAUGUCGCAGGAGCCAGAGAUGAAUUCUGCUGCUUUGAGUGCUGCCAAGUCACAGCUUCGCUCGUUAAUGAAGCAGCGGCUCGCAAACCUUUCACAAGAAACCAUCUUAUCUCAAAGCAACAAAGUCUUUGAUUCACUAUGCAAGUUCAAGCCGUACGUUGAUGCAAAGAGGGUAGCGGUCUACCUGUCUAUGCCCGGUGGGGAAAUCCAAACAGAUUAUAUUGUCAGACAUGCCUUGUCUUCGGGCAAGCAGGUGUUCGUGCCGUACUUACACAAAUCCGGCUUGCAACCAAGUGAUGGCCCGACGAGACUUAUGGAUAUGGUAAGUCUAAAAGACGUCGAGGACUACGAGUCUCUAAAAAGAGACAAGUGGGGCAUCCCCAGUGUUGACGCCUCUACGGUACACGAAAGAAAGCGAAGCGUGGGUGAACUCGACGGAGAAAGAUCUACGGACGUCUUGCUAGACUUAAUCCUUAUGCCCGGUGUUGCCUUCGAUGUCGAUCCAGAGUCUAAGGCUAUCCGAAGGCUAGGGCAUGGCAAAGGCUUCUACGAUUAUUUCCUCCAUCGAUAUGCAUUGGCUGCUUCACAUGAAGAGGAGACACGAAAUGGCCGACCAGCUGUAUUGCUAUAUGCUCUAGCUUUGAAGGAACAGCUCCUCUCCCCGUCUUCAGGAGAAUCUGUCCCAGUUGGACCCCAUGAUCAACCAAUAGAUGGCCUGUUUCUCGGAGACGGCCAAAUCAAAGAGUCUGCGAAUAACGGCGAUGCAAACUAAAAUGAGUAUACCUCGACCAACUUCGGGUGUCCAUUAUUAUCAGCAAUGAUAUCCUCGGGGGAACAUGUGUAAAAGCAAACCCCCAAUAAAUUUACCUUCCAACUAAGAUCAUAUCUUAACGUCUCAUACGGCUUCUUGAAUCAAGCAUACAUUGUCGCCUUUCAGCAAAAUUUGACCUAUAAAACCGUCAAUUAUAAAGGAUAACGCCUGUUUCGGUGUAAUGUUCAUACCUAAGGGUCUGCGCUUCUCUUCUGGGUUCGUCUUCGUGAUUUGCUUUACCUCAACCGCGUCAUCAAUAACGAGAUUCAUAAAUUCGUCGAAUCCCUAGGGACAAGGGUAUUAUAUUAGCACAAGCCAAUAGACAACAGAGAGUAAGAGAAACAGCCGGUGACUUACCCUAAUUUUCCCCUCGAUCCUG